UUAGCAACUUCUCUCCCCCUAUAAUUGUUUCCUCCUCCUAUUGAAAAAAGCCAGAGCUUCUCCCACAACUGUCUCCGAAACUCAAAUUCCCAACCAGGAGUCAGUUGCGUGCGAGCGAUCAUCAUGGGAGGUUGUGCAAGCAAACCCAAGGAGACCGACGGCACCACCGCCCCCGUAGAGACUCCUGCCACCGAGACCGUCCCUCGGGAGAACGGCACUGGAGAGGAGACCCACAAGGAAGCCCCUCUGGUGGAUCUUUCCGAGCCCAAACCCGAGGGCGGAGACAAGACUGUAGAGGCUAAGGAGGCAGAGCCCGAAACCAUCACCAAAGAGCUCGACGCUUUGGCCUCGGAAUCAACUGCCGCGCCACAAGAGACCGAGGUCGAAGCAGCUGAGGAGAAGCCCAAGUACGCGAGGGCCGAAGAGGCAAUGGAAGCCGCAGUAGCCAAGAGCUCCUGAGGUGUAGGCUAUGAUGCUCCACUUGUUAUGACCAGAUUUAACUUGAAAUUGAAUUUGUUUGCUGCAUAACGAUUAAAAAAAAAAAAGGAAGAAAAAAGUGGAAUUG